UCAAAAAGUUACACAAGCGUGCGAUGAGGUUGUAGAACAGGACGCACUCGCACGAGCGCACCGAGGUUUCUUCACACCUGUGAGGAAGAAACACCUGAUACCACCAGGGAAAAAGACACGAACAGGCUCGUCCACUCCGUCUCCGCGAAACUAACACCUUUUUCCACGGUUGAAGGACAGUGUUGUAACUGUGUGUGGGUUCAUCUGGAAUACACGAUCCGUUGACGUCCCACGUUCAUCUGGAAUCCUAUCAUCGUCUUCACCAGCAGCGUCGUCCCGCUGAAAAACACUUGAGACAUGGAUGUGAGGUCAGUGAUUUUGACCACGAGCUGCUCCGUGGGCUUUUUCAGACUUGUCAACGCAGGAGUCAGUCAACUGCCCAUGCCCAAUCCUGCGCGCAGGAAUGCUUGGAAAUGGAGAAAUAUCUCCACAUCAUUCGUGCACAGUUUCAUCACGGCGAUCUGGGGCGUGCUGUGCUUUUUCCUUCAUCCACAGAUGGCUGAAGAUUUGAUAGAGACAUACUCGGUGUUUUCUCAUGCCUUGGUAUCAUUUUCAAUCGGUUACUUCAUCUACGACUUCUUGGACAUGGUGCUGUACCAGAAGCUGACCCAGUCCUGGGAACUUCUCUUUCAUCACAUUGUGGUGAUCACCUGUUUCGGCCUCUCCGUGCUGUCGGGCCACUAUAUUGGCUUUGCCGUGGUGGCGCUGCUGGUGGAGUUGAAUUCCGUUUUCCUCCACAGCCGGCAGCUGCUGCGCAUGGCCGGCAUUUCUGCAGGUACGCUGUACCGGGUCAACAGCAUGAUUAACCUGGGCACGUACGUGGUGUUCCGCAUCAACACGCUGGCUUGGAUGACCCGCUGGCUCGUGCUCAACAGGGACAAGGUGCCGCUCCUCGCCUACACGCUGGGCAGUGUGGGCAUGGCCAUCAUGACCGUCAUGAAUAUCGUCCUCUUUUAUCGGCUGCUCAAGAGCGACUUUUUGAAGGGCAGCGCCCGGGAAACAAAGAAAGAUAAGGAGAAGGAGAUGUAGAGAGGACGGGGAGGAGGUGAGACGCGAACGAUUGGAUUCACAAACACACUCAUUGCUGUUCGUUUUAAAACACUCUGUGGUUGAGACUUGGUACUAUUUUGUCUGUGUAGCACACAUGAAGCUGGGAUCUUAUCACGUCUCAUACUGUAUAAGUCCAUCCACUCCGUUGUAAUCGGUGGGUCUCAUCACAAACACAGAUCACACACAACCACAUUAUCUCAUCUGUUGAAGUCUUGACAGUUCAGGCUUCUGUGCUGGUGCACUCGUGCUCACCUUAACUGCUAAUGGUGAAUGGAUGAUUUCUUUUUCUUUUUUUUUCUUCACAUAAACAAUACAAGGUCUUGUCAAACAAACGCCAAACACCUUAUUGUCACACGACUAGAUGUAGCUCAUGGUGAAAUAUGAAAUAUUCACUGUUUGUAAAACAAACCCAUCGACAUGCACGCAUGCAUCUAUAUACAUUAUAUACAUAUUGUGUGUAAUUGUACAUACAUGAAACACAAAAAACACAAAAUCUCACGCAAAGCUUAUUUAUGAUUUAGUUCAAAUAAAAUAAAAUAAAAGGUGUUUAACACUUGCAGAGGUGGAAAUUUCUGUUUUGAUUCCCUAACAAAUACCCUCAACCAAAAACCACCUGCUACCUCAGAAAGCUUAGCAGCAUCUUUUUACAUCAUUCUACAAGAGGUUUCACUGAUUUUUAAUAGAGGAGAAAUAUGUCAACAACACAAAGUUUGUCAACGGAAAGUAGGAAAUGACCUUUCUUAAAACAAAAUGGAUUUUAUU